AAUUCAAAGUAGUUUACCAAUAACGAAUUGGCAUUUUCUGUCUCUCAACCUGUGCUUCUCCACUGUAGCCUUUAGGGGCCAGUGUCGUGGCGAUUAACGAGACCAAACUAGCCGCUGUAGAAGAAGACGAGCAGUUACUGUGGUAUGUCAGUACAGUUCCGACCAAAUUUAAUCAUCCAGAUUUGAACAAAACGCACAUGGUUUAUUCUACAUGGCUAAUUUACAACAGCGUUUUACAUCAACUAUCACCAUAGCCCUGCUAGUUCCGCUGUGAUGUUUCAAUUACAAAGGCUAGCAUAACAAAACAGUACGAAUGUUUCCGAUCUCGAAAUAAGCGCUGCAGAAAAUAAUGUCUGAAAGAAAGAGGAAGCACAAGAAGUCAUCCAGAGAGGAGGAGACAUCCAAUGAACGAUAUAAGCGUGAAAGAUCCAAGAGGAAGCACAACGUAAACAGGCACUCCAGUUCGACAAAAGACAGAGAAUAUGCUUCACUUCCUGUUAUGGAAACACGCCAAAUCAAAAAGGCUGUAUACAAACUGCCUGCAAGACAAGAAACAGAUAAGAGACACAUCUCUAAGACAGAUGUGGCCUAUUCAAAGACAAGUAGCACCUCUACACCAAUCCACAAUGAUUGCUCCCGUAAAGUGGAGCCUAUUAUUUCAGGGAAAGAUAAGGUUGCUACAGGGAGUCAAAUAAAAGAAAGGAGACUCUUAAGAGUUGGGAGCAUCAGCAAUGUAGACGCAGAUGAUCGGAAAAAAGAAAAAACUGACUCUGAGCGUAGUUCAGAUGAAAAACCUCGCCGCAUGAGCCCCCCAAGAUCAAAAAAGAGGCGAACCCGUCCUGGUGUUGUUUUGGAGGAGAAAAGGAAACAGUGCCUGGAAUUGCUGGAGAGUAAAUGUAAAGAUAUGGAUCGACAUAAGGCUAGAGAUGACAGCACAACAAAAGAGGCCAAGGAACCGAGCCAGAAGGACAAGGAAACAGAGCUGGUCAAAGACACCUGCCAGAAAAGCCAGCAACUGCUGCUUAAGGAAGAAGAGAGCUUUGAUAAAGAUGUAAAAACAUCCAUUGACUCGACCAGUCAAACGUCUUGUAUUCCAACCAUACCCAAAGUGUCCUUUAAAAUUGCAAAGGCAUCAAAUGCUCGGCCAAAAUUAACACCUCUACAUCCAACUUUUAAGAUACCAAAGAAGGUUCAACCAGCACUCGUGAAUACAAACGUCGAUGAGAGGAGUGAUGCUACCUCUACCAGCAGAACUGACACAUGUGGGACCGAGCUCUCUUUCUCAGAGACCUCAGCAAACAACCCGAAACAGACCCCUUGCUUUGUGGAUGUUCCUCCAACUUUUACAUUUGAAAGCAAGGACAAGAGUCCGUCUUUGUCAAGCGGCCCGCUAAAUAAAAGUGAUGCCGUCGCUGAGCAGCAGAGUGACCAGAUGCAAGUGGCGGAGGAGCUUCACCUUGCCCGGUCUGAGAGGAGAUUAGAGGUGGAUGUAAUGCAGAGCUAUGGAGAGCUCACCUGUAUGGACAUAGACCCCGCAGAAGAGAGCACUACAUAUACUCUAUGCAAACAACCUGCUCAGCAAGACGUAAUCCUUGUUCUGGACACCAACAUUCUCCUCAGUCACUUGGAUUAUGUGAAAAAGAUGCAAUGUCAUGGCCUUGGAGCUUUGGGUUUACCAAUUGUCCUGAUUCCCUGGGUGGUCCUUCAGGAGCUGGAUUCUCUAAAAAAGGGCAAAGGUCUCACAGGAUCUGUGGCCCAUUUGGCCUGUCCCGCCAUUUCCUACAUUUACAACUCACUGAAAAGCAAAGAACGACACCUUUGGGGCCAGUCAAUGCAGCAGGCUGCUGAAAGUAACAAUAGUCUGAUGGCUGAGAAUAAUGAUGACAAAGUGCUGCAGUGCUGCCUACAGUACCAGAGUCUGUACCCAGGCAGUGCUCUCAUCCUGUGCACAAAUGAUAAAAAUCUAUGCAGCAAGGCUGUCCUAAGUGGCGUCAAGGCCCUGAGUAAGACCGACCUGGAGGCGGAGGUUGAGAGAUCCAGACACGACCUCAACCAACUACAAAGCUCUGUCCCGCAGGGGGUUCCUCAAAUUGACCUCCCAGUGUCCUCACCAAUGUCAGGAAUCAGCUGUACACCAACACUCCCUCAUCCUCAAGAAAGAGCAACUCUUUCUUCAAGUCUUACAGAGAAAGAUCGCAAAAGGUGGAGCCUGGAAGAAGAGGAGGAGGAGAAAAUAAACAGAUGUGUUUCUGAGUUUGAAGACUGCCUGCAGGAGGUGCUGUCCAAUGUGCUGGAGAAGGAGAUGAAAUCUGCUUUUGAUGAUUUGUGGCAAGAGAUUGUCUACCUGAAGCCACCCUGGACUUUUCUAGACGUCCUACAUUGUUUCAAAAAGCACUGGAGGGCAGUAUUUGGCUUCAUCGUCCCACGGCCAAAGCUGCAAACCGUUUUAAAUCUCAUUGACUUCUUUAAACGAGGUCAAUCAAGGGACCGUAGUUCAACACUGAUGACAGUCCAAGAAGCUAAGGAGUUUGUGAAGGAAUUUCGGAAAAGUUCAAGCCUUGUGCCCAGGGCCCUUACUACAAUCGACAAUAUUGCACACAAGCUACAACACAAGGCUGAAUCAGUACCAUACACAUCAUUGGUCAGUGAUGUUGUAAUGAAUGAGGAUGAUGAUGCCAAACAACCCCCUGCCACUCACCAAGAAGUCUGGGCUAUGUUUGAAAACAUCUGGUGUAACGUUUAUCAAAUAAGCUUGGAAGUGUUCAAAGCUUUGGCCUUUGACCCUCAAACCAGACAGAGUUCUUUGCCAGUAGGGGGUCCUCCACCACCGCAGGACGCCGUGGCAUGUCUCAGCCAAAUGUGCUCCAUGGUUUCACAGCUGCUGCAAGCCUUCAUCAGUGUUCUGUCCUCAUCUCCUGGUUUACCAGAAGUGCAGGUGCUUCUCAGCAUUAUCAAAUCCAAUAAGAUUGUUGAUGUGGAUUGCAGGCUGACAGACACAGACCUAUUGGAGUGUUUCUCACAGCAAGACUACAGGAAGGUGCUAAUGUCCGAUGUCAGGUGGAAUACGUUCAUGAAUAACUUCCCAUUUCAUGCCAUGGUCCAGUUGUCCUGCAACAGGCCACAUGUAAACAGACACACAUUGAGAGCACUGGCACGGAAAACAGGUCACGUGUGCUCUGCAUCUCCCAGAGUCUCUCACAGCCCAGUGUUGGGAAAUGGUUGUCUUUCCUAGCCGGAGCAGGCACACCGGUCUUAUACGAUGAAAUACUGCGAUGAAUUCUGCGUGUACCUAAGGUUGCCUGCAUAAGUUUUCAUAUACUCAACAUGGGCAUGAAUUUCAUAUGAACUUGGAGCUUUUAAUUAUUUAUUUGAACAGUUUUUUUUUCCAGGGUGGAGUGAUUACACAAUGUACCUGUAUAGGCCCGUCACGAUCAAUAAAUCGAUUAAUUACACGAUAAAUAAAAACAAACUCGAUCAUUUUGCCGGCCUCGAUAAAUUGACAUGUGCAUGCGUGUUUGUUUUUCUUCUCUCUAUCUCUCUCUCUACCAAACAGGCUGGAUGAUGAGAGGGUUCACUCUGUGCCUCUGUCUCAACACCUGGGCGUGUUGGUUCUAUAACGGAAUGAACGGAGCGAGUGAACCCUCCUGUCAGUCAUUCAGUCUCUUUGUCCCAGUGGGUGGAGUCGGGGCUGCGAGCGAGUGCUGCCGCCUGCGAGUGAGCAAACACAAAUACACAAGCGAUGGUUUCUAAGCGGAAUGCCACAGCCCCAGUGUGAGAAUAUUUUGGUUUUAAACAGAAUGAACAAGGUGAGCCCAUGAACACCGACGAGCCCAUAUGUCGCAUUUAUUGUAAAAGUAGUGGCGACGAAGAAGGGGAAUACGACCAACUUUCAUGUGCGCCUCAAACACAACCAGCCUGUCCAGGAAAAAAAAAAAACCUGCCACUCGAGGUGCAGUGGAGCCCUCGUCCCAACUGUCAACACUGAAUGAGGCGUUUUGUCGGCAAAGUAAAUAUAAACCAAAAAAAACAGACCGUGUCGUUCGCUACAUGUUCCUGUUCAGGAAUAAUACCCAAUGCUCAUUACUUAUUCAAGUGCAGUUUUGAUCACAGAGACAUGAUACUCCAUUUUUGUUUUUUUUCCUUAACAGAGACGGGGGCUGUCCACAGCGGUUCGAACAUCGCUCCCUCACUGUAUUGCAAUUUUUUUGCAAAAAUUAAUGAAUGAAUAAAGGAUCGCUUUACUAUGGCCUAAUAUUGGUCAAGAAGUAUUGAAAGGCAAGUCAUGUGUAGCAUUCUGGUCACUAGGUGUCAGUAAUGACAGCCGACCGCUGUCAGGCUCUACAACACCUGCACCACCUGAACCAUGUUGUAGACACUAUGCUUUCUUUACACUGUUCUCUUUACUUGUCUUGCUGCUGUAACAAGUAAAUUUCCCCGCUGUGGGAUAAAUAAAGUACAUACAAUAAUGUUACACUGAUUAAACAUUACCUUAGAUUGUCACCGUUGGCAGUCGACCUUUUACUCGCGUCGAGGGUCACCAAAUGUGGAGGUGUGAUUCACAGGAGUCAAGGAUAGGUGGCACAAAACAGUUGACUGUCCACUCAACUAGCAACAACUUCGUAGCAACAGCUAAGUGGCUAACAACCUCAUUACCCGGAAAUGGGGGUACCCUUGAUGAAUGUCUUAAUAAUAAUAUUGCGGGUCACCACAACAUUACCUUAACACAGCCAUGGCUUGCCCGACAUGAUAGAGUGAAAAAUAAAAAAGUUCUCCUCGCAUACCGUGUGGAAGUGGUAAGUUUUUGGCUUCUUAACUUUGUCCUUCUUCCCCACUCCAUUUGAAACACUUUCUUAAGUAUAGAACAAAUAAAUUGAAGGCUAACUAGUUAGCCCGGUAUCCUGCUAUAUGCUGUGCGCGGCGGCGGUCUCAUGUCCCUGCAGUGAUCCUGUAGCCUGUGCGUAAAAGUUGCGCAAUGUGGUGUAAACAAAGAGUAAUAGGAGUGGAACGGUGUCUGUAGGUGUGUUAUUUCAUGUCUACUGGGCUCUAGUAAUGAUAAAAAGCAAACAGGAUUUUUAGACUUAUUUUAUAAUAUGGAAUCCUACUUCGCGAAAAUUCCUGUAUCGCAGUGAAUCAUGAUAAUUGUGAUAGAGUGAAGCCGCAAAUUUCAACACGUGAAGUGGCGACUGUAUUUAUUCUACACUGGUCACUAUGUGUCAGUAGUCUCUCCAGCGUGUCCUGGGUCUUCCCCUCCUUCUACCGGUCCGACUUGCCCUGAACACCUCCCCAGGGAGGCGUCUGGGAGGCAUCCUGACCAGAUGCCCAAGCCACCUCAUCUGGCUCCUCUCAAUGGGGAGUAGCAGCGGUUCUACUCCGAGUCUCUCCCGGAUGGCAGUGCUUCUCACCUUAUCUCUAAGGGAGAGCCCAACACUCAUUUCGGCCGCUUGUACCCGCGACCUUGUCCUUUCGGUCACUACCCAAAGCUCAUGACCAUAGGUGAGGGUAGGAACGUAGAUCGACCGGUAAAUUAAGAGCUUUGCCUUUUGGCUCAGCUCUCUCUUCACCACAACAGACCGAUGCAGAGUCCGCAUCCCUGCAGACGCCGCACCAAUCCGCUUGUCGAUCUCGCGUUCCAUCCUUCCCUCACUCGUGAACAAGACCCCGAGGUACCUAAACUCCUCCACCUGGGGCAGGAUCUCAUCCCCGACCCGGAGAUGGCACACAACCAUGGACUCGGACUUUGAGGUGCUGAUUCUCAUCUCGGCCGCUUCACACUCGGCUGCCAACCGAUCCAGUGAAAGUUGAAGUUCACGGCUCGUUGAAGCCAGCAGGGCCACAUCAUCUGCAAAUAGCAGAGACUCAAGCCUGCCGCCACCGAACCGGAACCCCUCAACACCCUGAAUGCACCUAGAAAAUCUGUCCAUAAAAAUAAUGAACAGAAUUGGUGACAAAGGGCAGCCCUGGCGGAGUCCAACCCUCACUGGAAACGGGUCCGACUUAUUGCCAUACAGGGUCCGAUACCCCGUCCUCCCCGAGUACUCUCUUCUUUUAUGCCUCACGACAUUACCUUUUGCAGUGCGUGAUGCGU